AUGCCUGAGCUUUCUUCUUUUAACAUAAUUAGCCGUAUCAAAAGCUCUGGAAGGUCGCGAUUCAUCGAAAGAUUAAUUCCAGACGAAUCCAUAAAAUCAAUCUCCCAAGCACAAGAAUUUUUAUUGAAAAAUUCUGCUCAGGAUUCGCCACCACCAAAAUUAGAUGCCGUUCAUACUGCUCGUAUCACUUCUUUAGGGUCUCAUUUUGCGUAUAAUGUUCCGGAAGAAAGACCUGAAUACCAACCGUUAUUAACCUCUACUACAGCUAUUAGAGAUCUGCAACUUUCUAAGGAUAAAAAUUUCUUUGAUUUAGCAUGUGGUAAUAAAAUAUACUAUGAUGAUAAAAUUUUCCCGUAUAGUAUGUCGUAUUCUGGAUUUCAAUUUGGACAAUUUGCUGGCCAAUUAGGUGAUGGUAGAGUAUUAAAUUUAUUUGAUAUUCCAGAUAAUAAGGGUCGAUUCCAGACAUUACAAUUAAAAGGGAGUGGAAAAAGUCUCUUUUCUAGAUUUGCAGAUGGGAAAGCUGUCUUACGUUCAAGUAUUAGAGAAUUCAUAGUAAGUGAAUUCCUUCAUAAUAUAGGGGUACCAUCCACAAGAGUAUUACAAUUGACUUCAUUACCUGGGACCAAAGCUCUAAGAAAUGGAUUAGAGCCUUGUGCCGUUUUAUGUCGAUUUGCACCAAGUUGGAUACGUAUUGGAAAUUUUGAUACAUAUAGAUCAAAACCAGAUACAGCAAGCCUUGUAAAAUUGGCGAAUUUUUGUAUAGAUGAAGUUUUCCAAAAUGGUAAACCAUUCGCAAAAAAGGAACACGAUAUCAAUAUUUUUAACAUUGAUCGAUUCCCAGAUGAUGAAAAAAAUGUUGAAAAUCCAAAGAAUGAUGAAUCAUUAAAUUUAGAGACUCCACUAAGUAAAUAUGAUUUAUUAUUUAGACAUAUUGUUAAUUUAAAUGCAGUAUGUGUUGCAUAUUGGCAAACCUAUGGAUUUGUAAACGGAGUAUUAAAUACUGAUAAUACUUCAAUUAUGGGAAUCUCAUUAGAUUUUGGACCUUAUGGAUUUAUGGAUAUUUUCGAUCCAAGUUACACUUCCAAUCAUGAUGAUGUAAGUGGGAUGUAUUCACUAGGUAAUCAACCAACGGCAAUUUGGUGGAAUUUAGCACAAUUAGCCAAAUCCAUGGCAUUAUUAAUUGGGUCAGGUAAUAAAGAAAUUAUUGAUAUUAAACAAUUAAAUGAGGACCAAGAAAAAUUAUUAGUCAAUAGAGCAAAUAAAUUAAUUGGUUUAUGUGCAAAUGAAUAUAAAUAUCGAUUUACUAUUACAUAUGCAGAUUUAAUGGCGAAACGAUUAGGAAUUGAAUUGAAUAUCAGAAAUAGAAAUAUUUCUGAUUCUACUGCAGUUUAUGAAGAUGAUGAAACCGAAGGAAGCAUACAAGAGAGAGCUGAACGUGCAAAACUAUUUUGCGAUACAAUAGUGGAACCGUUAUUAAAUAUACUUAAAACUACCAAAAUUGAUUAUAAUGCAUUUUUUAUCAAUUUACAAAAUUGUGAAUUGAAAGGUAUUCCAGAUGAAAUUAAUAUUGCUACGGAUAUACAAAAAGAUGACAAUAAUUAUAUUAGUUGUUUUAUUACUACUAAACAGAAGGAUGAAUAUAUUGAGAAUCUUAAGAGGAAUGGAGUAAAUCAUGGUGAGACCAGAAGAAUGAACGAAAUUUUUGAAGAAAUUCAAGAAUGGAUAAUUGAAUAUAAAUUAUGGUUAACUUCUGGUCCAUUACCAAUUGAAAUUUCCAAAGAUUACAAUCCAUUAUUUAUUCCUCAUAAUUGGGUACUAGAAGAAGUAAUUAAUGAUAUUACAGUCAAACAAAAAGAUUUGCUAGAAAACAAUGAUAAUGACAAUAAUAUUAAUAAAUUGGAUCUUUCAUUAUUAAAGAAAUUAUCUAUAAUGUGUACCAAUCCAUUCGAUUCAAAUCAAUGGGAACCACAAUUAUGCACUGAUGCUAGCAAGAGAUGGCUUACAUACACUGGCUAUGAAAAGACUAUUGGGCGACUCAACACUCAAUCAACUUGUUCCAGUUAA